AUGCAGUGCUCACUGUGGCCUGGGGCUUGGGGAAUCUGGCUUCUGGUCUGCUUUCUGCUACUUACAGCCAUUGGGGACUGCAGUGACAUUAGUGUCCACGAUGGUCAGGGUCAACUGGGAGUGGAACAGCUCUGGCCCCUCCAAGGACUUAACCCAGUCUUCCUGCACUUAGAAGCUGUGCUCCAGCCGUUUACACCCCCAGGUCUGUUCUAGAAGGAUGGCAUUACCCAGGAUGCGAUGACCCAAAAUAUGGAGCACAUUAGCAGACUCCACCCUUAAGAACCAUGCCUGAAAGAUGGCAAGGCAGUUUUGCCCACCAAAACCACUGGGAAUCCGAUGGCCAAGGUGAACAGGGAUCACUGCUUUAUCUCCAAAGUGGGUUCUAAGGCCCUGAAAUGAGACAUACACAACCCUGCCAUGGGCUUCUUUGGGCCGUUCCCCACUGUGGGCCACAACCUCGUCCCUGACUGA